AUGCGUCCCCGAUACCAAGCGCGUCUGGGACGGAUGCCGCUCCAUCUGGCGUCCACCGGUGCUUCCGAGGCUGGUCCCUCGGAGCAACAACCAAUUCAGCAACAGGCGCCGCAUCCGCACGCGUCUUUAGCGAACCUGACUGAGGCGCGGGACCGCGGCGCGACGCCUUCUUCGACCGCGAGCGAGCAUGUCGCCUCCCAGCCCACGCCAACUGCAAACGGACACGAUGCUAUGGACGUUACGGAGAAUGGCGAGGAGGCCGGCGACCAUGACGCCACGAGCAGCUCGUCUGGUAGCUGCCCCAUGAGCUCUGUCGCCAGCGGCGCGGCUACGAUCGACGUGACCGUCGCCAACCCCGAGGACUCGGCCGAGGAUAUGGACCGUUUCAUCAAGCGCAUGGAGAUGGAGAAGCUGCAGCAGCGUCUCGAGCUGGCGUCGUUCAAGACGAACCACGGCUGGUCCGACAUGAGCAUCAAGGAGAUUGAGACGAGACUUCCGUCGCCGCAGGAGACCAAGCGGACACAGGUUGUCAACGGCGGCGGACGGUAUGACCCUCCGUCGCCUAGCCGGCCAUGGCAGCUUGCCGACGUCCUAUGGCAGCCGCUGCCGCAGCCGGGCCGCAGCGUGCCGAACAAGGUGUCGCGCCCUCCAGGGCAGCCGUUCCAUGCGCCGUCGCACUCACUUCCCGGCCAUCUCCCGAGUGCCAACGGCACGCAGCGCCAGCACCCGCCCAACUCGCCGCGUCGGCACAGGAUGGACGAGUACCUGAACAACCGCCCGCAGGCGUCACCCCUGCGGCACAGCAGCAAGAAUGGAUCGGGACACCGUCGUGCGUCGAGCUCCAUCUCGUCCCUCCAGUUCCUCCAGAACGACCCGUACCGUGGCGGGUCUCCCCUCCGGCCAAAGCAGAAGGGCAGCGGGAAGAAGCGCUCCCAGAGCCACAGCAACCUGCGCGAGGCGAACCAGCAGGCCUCGGUUGCCGCGCAGCCGCAGCACCGCCCGACGACGCAGGACGUCGACGCUGCGCGUGCCCUGACUAGCAUGCUGGGUAGCGUGCGCUCGCCGACCGAGGGCCAGUUCCCUCCCCAGGCCGCCGCCGAGCGCGGCAUCCACCCGCGGGCAAUGCAGCUGCCGCCACUGCACACGUCCAGCCUCCCCGGCCCGUUCGCGCCAGACAUGCCGCCGCCUCGCCCGCGUGCACAGAGCUUUGCCGCCGAGUCGCGCGAGCCCUUUGAGCACGCUCUCGGCCACGAGCGCAAGCGCUCGACCGAGUACAGGCCAUACCUGCCCCCGCUGCGGCGGCACGGGGGUCCAACGCACUCGCGCGGCCUCAGCAUGGACUCGUCCGCUGCGUUCCGGGAGCGUUUCGCGCCGCCGCCCUGGCCCCAGAACCCCGACGAGCGAUACAGGGAGCGCAGCGGCGAGCGCGGCGAGCGCUACGGCUCCUCGGAGCGGUACGGAGAGCGGUACCCGAGUGUGGAGCGGUAUGGCCCCGGUGAGCGCUUCGGCGGUCCGGAGCGGGCGCAGGGUCCGCAGGGCCCGAACCAGGGCCCGGGGGGUCCUCCCCCGUCUGGAGGCGGGCCCAACGGCCCAGGCUAUGAGCAGUACCGUGUCGAGGAGGAACCGUCCAUGGCCGGCCGAGGGGAGGAGGACAAGGCGGCGGCGGAACUCAUGAUGUUCCUCGCGACGUCCCCGAGUCCAGUGCGCGGGAAGAGGGAGCAGGUGCCCAGCAUCGCGGGCACGGCGCGCGUGCUCUUCGACGACCGCGAGCCGCCCCCGUACCCCCCGUACCCCCGGCCGGGGCCCCCGCCCCUCUCCGCUGCCCCGAGGAGGUAG